AUGGAUAAAUCGUGGGUCUGGUUACCAAGGAAUAGCCUUGAGUAUGAGAAAGGAGCUAGUGAAUUUGUGUCUUCUUCAUCAAGACGUUUAGGAGAUCCAGCUGAAAUGUUCUGCCCUUGUGUUGAUUGUCGCAAUGUCUGCCAUCAAGCUUGUGAGACAGUUUUGGAGCACCUGGUGAUUAGAGGAAUGGAUCAGAAGUACAAGAGUUGUGUGUUUUGGACAAAACACGGGGAGACAAGACCAGAUAAGUCAGCUGAUGUGUACUCAUCUGAAAAUGAGGCUUACGAGUUGUUCAGAACGACUUUCUUGGCAAGUGAAGGCAAUGAGACUGCUGAACAAGAGAAUGCAGGAGCGUUUGAGGGGCCUGACAGUCCAGAAGAGGCUGAGUUCAGAAAGAAGUUAGAGGAUGCAGAAACUCCGUUGUACCCGGAGUGUGAGAAAUUUUCAAAAGUUGCUGCAAUCAUGGGACUUUACAGGAUAAAGGUGAAGAGUGGGAUGUCUGGGAACUAUUUUGAUCAGCUACUGUCCUUGGUUCAUGACAUGCUUCCCGUUGAAAAUGUGCUACCUAAGUCUACUGAUGAGGUGAAGAAGUUUCUGAAACAGUUUGGUUUUGGCUACGACGUCAUCCACGCCUGCAAGAAUGACUGUAUUUUAUAUAGAAAACAGUAUGAAGAUGCGGUCAGCUGUCCAAGAUGUAGUGAAUCAAGAUGGGAGAAGGAUAAGCAAUCUGGUGAGGAGAAGAAAGGGGUUCCUGCUAAGGUGCUUAGGUAUUUCCCGAUCAAAGACAGGUUCAGGAGAAUGUUUAGAUCAAAGCGGUUGGCUGAGGAGUUGUGUUGGCACUCCACUAAUGCUUCUGAAGAUGGAACUAUGCGACAUCCAGUGGAUUCGUUGACUUGGGUGCAGAUAAACAACAAAUGGCCGGGGUUCGCAGCUGAGGCGUUCGCAGCUGAGGCAAGAAACCUAAGACUAGGUAUUUCAACCGAUGGCAUGAAUCCAUUCUCCAUCCAGAACACCAACCACAGCACAUGGCCUGUUCUCUUGGUCAACUACAAUAUGUCUCCAACGCAGUGUAUGAGGUCCGAGAACAUUAUGUUGACCAUGCUAAUUCCUGGCCCAACCGCACCUAGCAACAAUAUUGAUGUAUAUCUACAACCAUUGAUGGAAGACUUGCAGGAACUGUGGACAGAAGGUAUACAAGUUUAUGACGCCUUUAAGAAGGAGAGUUUCACUCUUAGAGCCAUGUUGCUGUGGAGUAUCACAGAUUACCCUGGUUUAGGAACUUUAGCUGGUUGUAAAGUGAAGGGCAAGCAAGCGUGUAAUGUCUGUGGGAAGGAUACACCACAUAGGUGGCUAAAGUUCAGUCGUAAACAUGUAUACAUGAAGAACAGGAGGUGGCUCAUGCCUAGUCAUCCAUACAGACGAAAGAAAGGAUGGUUUGACAAUACGGUUGAGGUUGGUUCUGCAAAGAGGAUUCAGAGCGGUUCAGAAAUAUUAGACAGUAUAAGGGACUUUAAAAACGAUUUUGGAAAACUCUUACCUAAGAAGAGUAAGAGAAAGAGGAGUGAAGGAGAUGAGGAUGAUGUUGUUUCAGCUGAGGAGUACGAAGAAGAUCAUGAUAUGUGGCGGUGGAAGAAAAAAUCUAUUUUCUUUGACUUACCUUAUUGGAAGGAUAUGCCUGUGAGGCAUAACAUCGACGUGAUGCACGUGGAGAAGAAUGUGAGCGAUGCCCUGUUGUCUAUUCUGAUGAAUAGUUGCAAAUCAAAGGAUGGCCUGAAAGCGAGAAAGGAUUUAGAAGAUAUGGGUAUUCGAAGCAGCUUACAUACACAAAAUCUGUUUCCGGUUGCGUUGAGAGGUUUACUCCCAAAAGGACCUCGGAUUGCAGUGAGUCGUAUGUGCAAUUACUUCAACAGAAUCUGUCAACGCGUUCUUGAUCCUGAGAAGCUACUUGCUCUAGAAACAGAGAUUGUGGAGACAAUGUGCCAGUUAGAGAGAUUCUUUCCACCUUCAUUAUUUGAUAUUAUGUUCCACCUUCCACUGCAUCUGGCGAGAGAAGCACGAUUGGGUGGCCCUGUACACUUCAGGUGGAUGUAUCCAUUUGAGAGGUAUAUGAAGACACUGAAAGCUUUUGUGAAGAAUUUCGCAAGACCUGAAGCUUGUAUGGCAGAGGGUUAUCUAGCUGGUGAAUGUCUUGCAUUUUGUAUGGAGUUCUUACAGAAAUCGGUACCAGUUGAGGAACCAAUGACAAGAAAUGAAGAUUUAGAGGCACAUGAUAAUGUACUUGAAGGGCGCCCUCUGCAAAAAGCUACAGAAGUGAAACUUACUGAUAAGGAGAGAGAUGUAGCUCAUCGUUAUGUCCUCAUGAAUACUGCAGUGAUGGAUCCUUAUGUUCAGUAA